AUGGACUAUGACCAAGCAGGAACUGAGAGAAAGUUGCACCUACAGGAACUUGAGGAACUUCGAUUGGAAUCUUAUGAAAAUGCUCAGAUUUACAAGGAUAAAAUAAAGUUGUAUCAUGAUAAGAUGCUAACCAGAAAAACAUUUUAUGUUGGUGAUAAAUUUUUACUUUUUCAAUCUAAAUUGAAAUUGUUCCCUGAUAAGUUACAAUCUAGAUGGUUGGGACCCUUUGUUGAUACUAAUGUUUAUCCUCAUGGUGUAGUAGAGAUUCGCAACUGGGACACAAAUAAGAUUUUGAAGGUCAAUGGACAUCGAUUGAAGCCUUACUAUGAAGGAGUUUCAGUGUUCCUCGUAGAGGAACUAGAACUUGUGGAUCCAAAGUAA